CGCAGCCCUUAUAGGGCUUCCCCCGCCGGGCCCACCGCAGCAGCCGCAGCAGCAGCAGCACCAUGGCGAGCCGCGAGCACACGGGAUCCACCAACGUGGUUUACCAAGCCCACCAUGUCAGCAGGAGUAAGAGAGGACAAGUGGUCGGCACCAGGGGAGGAUUCCGAGGCUGCACAGUCUGGCUCACAGGCCUUUCUGGAGCUGGCAAGACAACCAUUGGCUUUGCUCUGGAGGAGUACCUGGUGGCUCAUGGCAUCCCCUGCUACUCCCUGGAUGGUGACAACGUGAGGCACGGCUUGAACAAGAACCUGGGCUUCUCGGCCCAGGACCGCGAGGAGAACAUCCGGCGCAUCGCCGAGGUGGCGCGGCUCUUCGCCGACGCGGGGCUCGUCUGCAUCACCAGCUUCAUCUCCCCCUUCACCAAGGAUCGUCGAAACGCACGAAAAAUUCACGAGGCAGCUGGACUUCCUUUCUUUGAAAUCUUUGUAGAUGCUCCUCUAAAUAUUUGUGAAAGCAGAGAUGUGAAGGGCCUGUACAAAAAGGCAAGAGCUGGAGAGAUCAAAGGAUUCACGGGCAUUGACUCCGAGUACGAGAAACCCGAAGCUCCCGAGCUGGUGCUGAAAACAAACGUUACAUCGGUGUCUGAGUGCAUCCAGCAGGUCGUGGAGCUCCUGCAGGCACAGAACAUUGUGCCCCAGGGCUCAGUCAAGGAUGUUCUGGAGCUCUUUGUGCCUGAGGAUAAACUCAGCAGUGUCAGGGCUGAGGCAGAGAAGCUGCCAGCACUGGAGAUCACUAAGCUGGAUCUGCAGUGGGUGCAGGUGCUGAGCGAAGGCUGGGCCACUCCUCUGACAGGAUUCAUGAGGGAGGCAGAGUACCUGCAAGUGCUGCACUUUGACACCCUGCUCAACGAUGGAGUGGUGAACCUGAGCGUGCCCAUCGUGCUGCCCCUGUCAGCAGAGGACAAGCAGCGGCUGGAGGGCAGCGAGGCGCUGGCGCUCAGCUUCCAGGGCCGCCGCGUGGCCGUGCUGCGCCGCCCCGAGUUCUUCGCCCACAGGAAGGAGGAGCGCUGUGCCCGUGUCUGGGGCACCACCUGCCCCCGGCACCCACACAUCCAGAUGGUGAUGGAGAGUGGAGACUGGCUGGUUGGUGGAGACCUGGAGGUCCUGGAGAGGAUCAAAUGGAACGAUGGGCUGGACCAGUACCGCCUGACCCCGCUGGCUCUCAAGCAGAAGUUCAGGGAAAUGAAUGCUGACGCCGUUUUCGCCUUCCAGCUGCGCAACCCGGUGCACAACGGGCACGCGCUGCUGAUGCAGGACACGCGGCGGCAGCUCCUCGAGAGGGGCUACAAGAACCCCGUGCUGCUGCUGCACCCCCUGGGGGGCUGGACCAAGGAUGACGACGUCCCCCUGGAGUGGCGCAUGAAGCAGCACGCCGCCGUGCUGGAGGAGCAGGUGCUGGACCCCAAGUCCACCAUCGUGGCCAUCUUCCCCUCUCCCAUGCUCUACGCCGGCCCCACCGAGGUGCAGUGGCACUGCCGGGCCCGGAUGGUGGCGGGCGCCAAUUUCUACAUCGUGGGGCGCGACCCGGCGGGAAUGCCGCACCCCGACACGCGGCAGGACCUGUACGAGCCCACGCACGGCGGCAAGGUGCUGAGCAUGGCCCCCGGGCUCACCUCCGUGGAGAUCCUGCCCUUCCGAGUGGCUGCCUACAGCAAGAGCAAGAGAGCCAUGGACUUCUACGACCCCAAAAGGCACGAUGACUUUGACUUCAUCUCAGGAACACGCAUGAGGAAGCUGGCUCGGGAAGGGGAAAACCCCCCCGAUGGCUUCAUGGCCCCCAAAGCCUGGAAAGUCCUCACCACCUACUACCAGUCCCUGGAGAAGAAGAAUUAACUCCUCCUCCUCCUCCUCCCUAGAAAAGCCUGUAUUAAUAGUGAGCAAUGAUCCAUUGAUUCCCUGUCACACAGAUCACUUGCCAUGACCCUGGGGUUCUCCCACCUGGGUCAGAGCGUUUUUUACCAAUCAGAAAUACUUUCAGCCUGAUCCUUCUGCCCUGGAGCUGCUGGGAGUGUCCCCAUGGAGUGGAAGGGAUGGGCAGAGGGCCCUUUGUUCCCAGCUGGCACCAGGAUGUGCCACGGUGCUGCCAGUGCAGAGGGGACCAGGGUAAAUGAAGAAGUGCCUUUCCUCGUUGUGCCUUAGACAGUUUUUGCUAAUUAACAGCAGAAUCUUUUUAAUGCCUCUUUUUGUAAAAAAGGACUUUUUUUAAGAUCAGCUGUGACCACCUCCAGUUCCUUGUGGCUGAGCCAACUCCUCACUGCUUCCUUCCUUCCUUCCUUCCUUCCUUCUUUCCUCCUGCUUGACCUCUGGGCUGAGCAUUCCUGUUGCUCCGCGUUCAGGAGCCUGUGAGGAUGUGCCAUGUUAUCCCUGGCACAGGAACCCAUCCCUGCACUCACAGCCCAGCUGGGGAGCCUCUCCUGGGAGGCACCACAAACCCUGAGAUCCCUGAGAAAGCUCUGCACAGCGAGGAGAAGUCAGGGAUGCUGGCACUGUGCUCCCAGGUGGCAGCAUGGGCUCCCCCUUCCCUCUGCCCCAAAGGCAAAUCCGGGACAAAACAGCAAAGUCACAGCACCGGGAGGGUCUGGAGAACCGGCUGAGAGAGGCUGCAGCCUCAUCCACACCGCUGUGGGUGCAGGUGACCUGAUUUAUUCCGUGUCUGCGCAUGGGGACAGCCCGAGGGUGGCAGCAAGCCCUUGUCCCCAGCCCUGUGUGCUGCUGAGCCCAGAGCCCGGUGCUGCCCCAGCCUGGCUGUGUGAAGUCCCCGCGGUCAUUGUCGCCUUCCCCACCCUCACCCGGCACGGAUUCUGGCAAUGCCCCGCCCGAGGCUUUCCCGCUGGCUCGCAGGAGCCGCCGAGGUGACAGAGCGGCGACAAACAGCGACAGGACAGCGCGGGGCACUGCGGGAGCCGGGGACGGGGCUGGGCCCGCCCCGCUGUGCGGUGGCAGCGGAGCAGGACGAGCAGCGCUCGCUCAUUGCAGCCUCACUGCGGGGUUUGUGCACCUGGCCCCGGGUUCAGCAGCGGCCCCCGGAGCCCUCGGGAUGUCCCCAAGGAAGGACAAUCAGCGUUCCUCUCUUCUUGUGCUCCUGUUUGAGUUCCAGCUGGAUCCACGCUCAGCAAAACCAUCCUGCUCCUGCUCAGUACCAUGAGCUACAACCUGCUCUGCUGUGGCCAGGGCACACUGCCCAAACCUUCAUCUGUAACUGGAAAAUAUCCUUGAAAAAGGGUUUUUUAAGUCUUUUUUUAAGCAUUUGGAGGAAAUCUGUGUUUUCCCCCAAGGCAAAUGCUGCAGCCUCAGUGGGAGCUGCCAGAGCACCAGCACCAGCCUCACCCAGCCAGGCCCCAAAAGUGACAUUCCCAAAAGUGACAUUCCCAUUUAGGAUUUCUAAGGAGUGAAACAGCACUGUUGCUGCUCAUCAUGAAACAAUCCUGUCCCCCCAGUGAAUCCAGGUGGUCACAGCAGAACACAGAUGUUGUGUUAUCAUUUUAAACCAGAGUAGUGUCCUGAUUACCUCUGAUUGAAGCACGUGGACUGGGGGGUUUAUAGUCUAUUUAUUAAAGACAUGAGACUGGAAUUUGUACCUCAGCUGAUGCAUCUCAUGAUUUAAUAUAUUCUGAACUCGAUACUCUAUGAAACACUCACUUUUAGUACAAAUAAAUAUUUAU